GUUUCGAGGGUUGGUCCUCAUUGUUGUGAUAGAUUGUGUGCUGACGCUGAUGUGUGCAGGACGGCUUAUGUGUGGAAUCUUGUGGAUGGGACGUUGGUGAAUACGUUCAAGUUGGCGAGUGCUGCGGUGCACGCGAUGGAUUGUAAUGAAAAGUAUCUGGCGGCGGCGUUUGAACAUGAGAUCGUUAUGUGGGAUUUGGCAGAGAACAGGCUUGCGUCGUUCAUGCCGCUUGAGUCUCUCGAGGCAAGAGUAGUAAAGGUCAUCGGCAUGGCCAUUGAUGGUACCGAUCCACGACUCAUUUACACCGCUGUUCAAGAAAUCCACGACGACAACAGCGAGCAUUACCGCCUCGACUGCUUUGAUGGCCUCACUGGUACACUUGCUAAGCGUGGUUACCUACCCGACAUGGAAAUCACCUUCGCCCAGCUCAACCGCGGCCGAAACAAGCUCUUCUUCACGCAAUUCGACCAGGACAACUACUGGAACGUCAACCUCGAGACAAUGGAGUUCGACAUGCGACCCUGCGAACACGUCACAGAGUACGCUGACGAAGAAUACGGCCGCCUCUUCUUCCCUGAUCGCCGCCUUCUGUUCCGCUACGUCCAGCCCGAACGAGAAACAGAAGCAGAAGGUCUUUACGUCGAAUCCUACGAUGACAAGACGGGGCAAGUGAGGAUGUAUAAUCGGGUCGCGCAUGACGAGGGGAAGGAUCAGGGAAGACAUCAUGAUAUCAAUACGAGUCAUUUGUUGCAGGGGGAUGAGGGGUGGAUUGUGUAUUGUCAGUUGAAUAGGGCGUUGGUUUGGGGGUUUGAGGAGCCGGGGUAUAUGUAUCCGAGUUCGGAUCAGGCGCAGCCUGGGCCGAGAUGUAAUGGGACGGAGGCUGUUCCAGCAGAUUGAGAUUUAGGGAACGGAGGUCUCUUUAGGCAGAACGGAUGAUAUGGUGAAAGCGCCACUUGCAAGUGCAGAAUAACAGUAAUGUUUAUUCCUAUUCAAUCAACUUUCCUUACUUAACGCCGUUUCCCAUUUUGACUGUUUCUCAGUUACAUCGGAGCACACAUUUUAU